CGUCGAUAACUAUUGGUAUGAUACUGGAAUACUGGUACUACAGGUACUACUAUAGCAAUAAAACUGAUUGUUUAUGCUGAAAAGAUGCUGAAUGUGCUGAUUGUUGCAACAACUGGCAAUAACCAUAGACAAACAACAACAGUGGCUCUUACAGAAAAAUCUAAAAAUAUUUUAAAACAUCGGUAUUAAUUUUUAAUCAUUUUUUAAUUAACAUUAGUGAUAACCAUGCGAAGUAAUGGAUUCCAAUAACGAAUCAAAUUCAGAUCUACAAAAACGGAUGACUGUGGAUGAUUUAAAUAUAGAAAUUUUACCAGUGUUUUAUGAAAUUAUUAAGAGUGUUGAGAGGGACCAUCACGAUAAUACCGCUAAAACACGAGAGUCCCAAGAUUGCUCUCAGAAAGUUUUAGAACUUCAAAAACGAUUCGAUCAGGCUCGGUCACAGAUAAGUUUACUACCAGGCAUUGAUUAUAGUAAAGAACAGCAACUUCAACAUUUAGAAGCCCUUAAAACUCAACUUCAUUUGAAACAAGAACUUUUAUACAAGUACCGGUUUAUGUAUCCUUUCCAAAUGCAGAAGUAAACAGAAAUGGUAUUAAGAUUGCUAUUAAAAUAUCUUGUAAAUAAUGAGCAAUUGGUCCAUCGACUGAGUCAAUCAUAUCCAGUUCGAAGGGCAGC